UCCCAGCAUCUACUCUGAGAGUUGAGACCAGUCCGUGUAUACCAGCACGCCCUAAGUUUGGGGAUGAGCUUGGUGUCUAUAGUCCCUGUUUCCCAGCAUCCACUCUGAGAGUUGAGACCAGUCUGUGUAUACCAGCACGCCCUGAGUUUGGGGAUGAGCUUGGUGUCUAUAGUACCUGUUUCCCAGCAUCCACUCUGAGAGUUGAGACCAGUCUGUGUAUACCAGCACGCCCUGAGUUUGGGGAUGAGGGGUGUUGUGAGGUAUAGUGCUGAGGCUGACAAAUGUUAUACAGUGUCUAGGUACACCACAGUGUAGCUGGUACCUCUCUACAGACUCAAAGCCACAUACACCAUGUAAACAUCCCGUCUAUUGGUUUUCUUUUUAACUAAUUAAUGUCUGUCCAUUCCAUUUCAGACUCUACGACUAAUUACAAGAGUGGAGAUGUUGUAGAGCCCAGUUAAGGAGAUACUUCCAGAAAAUUGGAGAAAGUGUUACUCACUUUUACGUGAACUUCACAAAAAAGAGUGUAUUUUGUGAACGUGGAUGGUUGGAGACAGAGGCUGGGAAGUUUAGAAAGUGUGGGAUUACUUCAAAUAUUCAUGGAUUAGUUUUGUUCCCUGUAUAUCAACAUUGGACUCAACCUGCCUUUCCAGUAGGAACGUAGCAUUGUGUUGUGUAGGGGUGGAAGGUAGUUAACUUUUUAUCUUUAUUUUAAUUUGAAGACAGCGUGGAGUUACCAAACUUCCUUCAAACUCACAGAACAAAGAUUCUUACCAGCGGUGAUUCAUCAAUACUACAAAGUGCAAUUUGCAGAUUUUGUUAAAAAAAAUUGUUUAUAGCUAUUUGCACUGAAGUAGUUUGCCAUUGUUUGGAGUGUGUUACCUUGUGUGUACUGGCAAUCACAAACUACUGGAACCAGCCAACAAUUUUCCCCCGUGGAUUAUCAAUGCUGUAAAGGACUUGAUCAUCAGUGUUCUAGGGGAUGGUAGCUGUGUAACUUCAGCGCUUUCCUGGUGAAAAAGGACUGGAAUUGAUAUCAAAGGAACAACAACCGAUUUGUACCAGCAUGCAGUCGUGUUAAGGUAACUGAGGCUAACUGGAUUUACUGAACAGAUAUAUCCCCUGGAGUUUAAGUGAAAUUUUACAAACAUGAUGGAAUCUUACGGAGGCUGGCAAAAGAUGUUGGUCCAGAGCUGGUUGUACCUGUCUCUCUCACUCCUCAUCAUUACUAGAGCCCUGGGGUCACAACAGUUCACUGCCCAGCCAGAGAAUACAACGACGACCCAAAAUUCUACUAUAGUUCUUCAGUGUGAAGUGAAAAACCGACAAGGCACGCUUCAAUGGACACGGAACCGGUUGGGACUUGGGACCGUCCGUGCACUGCCUGGAUUUCCGCGCUACUCCAUGGUUGGCGGAACUAACAUCAUUGGAGGCGACACGAUUGAGGAGUACAACUUGAAGAUUGUAGACAUCCAACUUGAGGACGACGGCGAGUAUCGCUGUCAGGUCACCGCUACUGAGCAGACACACGGCAUCAUCACCAACAAGAUCACCCUCAAUGUACAAUUGCCACCCGACCCACCACAGAUGGGAGAUGUGUCGACCAUCGCUGUGAUUCAGGGCUCACCGACAAACGUAUCGUGUCAGGCAAACAACGGGAAACCGGGGGCGGAAAUCACGUGGUACCAAGAGGGUGUACGAAUAACACAUAAUGUGUUCUCACGCACGAUGACAAGGACAGACAAGCGUGCGGACACGCUCAGUGUUGUAACCAUAGUGGCCUCUAAAGAGGAUGCUGGAAAAAAGAUUGAAUGUCGGGCAAACAACCCAGCACUCCGAGUGCCGUAUAAAACUCACGCCAUUCUGGACGUGCAAUAUCCCCCGAGCCUCACUAUGGCACACAACAUCAGUCGACAGAUUCGGGAGUAUGACUAUGUACGAUUUACCUGUACAGGGACCGCUAACCCUUACAACAUACAGUGGAAAUGGUACCAUGACGGAGUUGGGAUCUCCGGAAGCAAUCAGAAUUAUCUGGAUAUCCCAUCAAUCAAGCGUGACUACCAUCAGUCGCGAAUCACAUGCGAGGGCUCGAAUGCUGUGGGCAGUACCCGUGCUUACGAAACACUACAAAUACAGUACGGUCCUCGUUUCAUCGGAGCCCCACAGCAUGUAGCAGUAGACUUAGGCGACUCUGCGACUUUGGUGUGUAAUGCCGAGGGAAACCCAGAGCCCAACAUCCUGUGGACCAAACAGGACUACUACAACCCCGUCAGUACCUCCCCUACCUUCAAUAUCCCCGAGGUCGAGGCCCAAGAUCUCGGCACCUACAUCUGUACAGCAACGUCCUUAGUAGCCGGGUUUCACGAGGUCAGCCGGGAAAUUUUACUUCUGCAGAAAGGACCUCCAAAAAUCCUUAGCAACAAGAACCAGUAUGCAGCCACUGGAGCGAGUGCCAAACUGGAAUGUCUGGUUCGCUCUGUCCCGACUCCUACCAAAAUAAAAUGGGAGAGAAACAAUGUUGAGAUCGACUACGCCAGCUCGGGACGAUACUCAGAACUCGAGGAACCAUUGGCUGAUGGAGUAAAACACAUGUUACAGAUCAUACAGGUCCAGGAGAGUGACUUCGGCCAGUAUAACUGUAGUGUGGAGAACGCCCGCGGGGCUGACCUCAUUACCAUUACACUCCUGGAGAAAGAUAUCCUGCCACUGUCUUACAUCAUAGGGGGCGUUGUCGGAGGCGUGGCUCUGAUCUUCCUCAUCGUCAUCGUUUUUGUCAUUUACCACAGAUACAAGGCUUCAGACUCUGACUCCUACGCUGAAACUGACAGUAACACUGAGAUUAAAAAACGCGAGAAAACAGAAUCACCGUCCGAUUUUACAAAAUCCACUCUGAUGGACCAGUGGAGACAGGAUUUAAAUUUCCAUUGCCCCACAGAUUAUGAAGAUCUGUACGGACAAAAGGCCACAUACAACAGAGACCAGCAGCUCUGUAUGGCCCCUUCAAUCAGGACCUUACCAGCUCAAUCGACCAAUCAAAACAUUUAUCACGUCAUUCCACCAUAUGGUCAGCGAUCUAUGACCCCAUGUGGCCUUGGGAAUAGAUCCAUGACCCCAUGCGGUAUUGGGCAGCGAUCCAUGACACCGUGUGGCCUCGGCCAGCGAUCCAUGACGCCAUGUGAACAGAACCAAAGACCAAUGUCACCUUAUGAGCAAGGACAGCGAACUCUGGCCUCAUGUGGAGGUCGACGAACACUACCAAGAGGCCAUCUGGCGGCUAGUCGAGAUGUGUUACAAUGUGCGACGUCCACCCUACCACAUAGGCCCUGUUGGCACCACUGUGCUCAGUCAUACAUACAGGAACAUAAGUUAAACAGUAGCGGCUACGGAACGCUGACGUCUGAUAAUUACAUUAAUGCUUACGAUCAUCACAAUGGUGGGCCACUAUUUAGUGAUUAUGCUCACCGAACGGAUGAGGCUCCGCCAGCAGAAAGGUUUGAAAACGGAUACAAUACAUACGGAACAAGUUCAUUUAGGAGUGCAUCGCGGACAGACUUCACCAAUCCGGAUUACACAGAUCCGUACUCCAACAGACUUCCGCCCGCUGAUGUCAACACGGCCAAAUUGGCCACCACGGUGUGAUGUGACCAGGAACUUUGUCGACACCUUGGACUGACUUUUGACACGAUCAUGUGACUCGCUGUGAAAGACCGUCAGUGAGGUCGACUUGCUCGUAUCAGACCAGGUGAUGUGACCUGUGGGAACGUAUUAGUGGGAAAGGUAGCAGUAGCAGACGUCAACAUCAGCAUUGCCGGACACAAGAAUGUCGGUGUUAAGCAUGUCAACAGUUAUGUGCCUCUACCACUAUACUAAUAUCUCCAAUUGCGACUGGGAUGGCCCUUCAUAGCUUCCAAUACAUGGAGUGGUAGUAGUAAAGCGCCCUCUCAAUAUCUGGUCUGGUAGGGAAGUGUUAAAAUGCAAACAAGUUAAUUCUAACGCGUCAUUACGGAAGAAUGUGUCUGUUAGUCUCCUGGUCUACAUCACCGAACUGAAAGUCUGAACUACUGAUUGUUUACAAAGUGACAUUCAGCAUUUUAUAUCAUAGUCUAUGCACGCACUAGAUGAACAUUUCAUUGCCAUAUCUUCAUCUGUCAUCUAUGUACAGUACCGAAUACCGUACCACGUGGUACACCUCCUUAGAUGUUGUGACGUAUGAGAGAAGGCUGGACCUAUCAUUAGUUUUGAUCAGUUUGUGUUUCAUCAUUCUGAACAUCGAUUACAACACUGCUUGAAGAUGUGAGUGGACAGGGAGGUGUGUUAUUACUGGAAUUGAAUAUUAACUUACGACGUGAAUUUACUUUAUGAAUGGGGAGAUAGCACUAUGCCUGUCAAAGAGGUACAACUCCAUAGAGACAUAUAACGGUAACAGUGGAGUUUACCAAACGGCAGAACGUAACUGGUUUAAAAGGACACCUACCCCAUAUGCCUGGUGAUAUCGACAAAGAAGUUAAUGCACUUUUUGACUGUUUUGUAUCCAAGAAAGAUGAACUUUCUUUCUUUUUUGUUGCCAGGCCAUAUGAAAGUAUAAAAUUUACCAAGUAUGCAUACUUUUUGAAAUUUCUAUGAGGAGAUUAUAUGUGCUCAGAAUAAAAAGCAUAAAUAGAAUAUGUGUAUGUAUACCCCAGGAAAAUCAUUUUUAAAUGGUAUAUUUGAGCUGUUCUAUCAGAUCUUAGGAAUAGUUAAGCAAAUUCACAGAUUUAAAAAGUGCUCAAAUAUAGAGUCCGAAAUCGGGAAUGUCCCUCCAAAAUAGAAGGAGUUGGCAAGUAUGAGUACGAUGUAUGUAUAUACGAGCUAAGAAAGGAACUAUUUCUGUCAAAAGGAGUAAUUUGUUUAAAACAACCACCGAGUGACAAAACUGUGUCAAUUAACAAGUCAGUCAUUCGUUCCAGUCCUUACUGACAUAUUAUCUUCCACAUUCAGAUGUGUGCCUUCGUAACGAUAUUGUAACAUUUUCUAAAUGUUGGAAUAAUAAGUUAGAGAGAUAUACCAUAGCAUCAUUUACAUAGCGUUUAUACGGAUCACCAGUCAGACAAUCAUACGUUUAAACCAGUCUUUUGUAGAUGUUAAAGGUCAACUGGUGAAAAAACUUCGAUAUUUUAUCUUCAUCCAUUGUGUUAUGUACUCAGACAAUCGUAUAUUUCGAAUCAUCCAGAAUUUGUACUAAUCUACCUACGUCGGGUGUGGCACAACUACGUAUGGCUUUACUGACCUUUGUCACUGAACCGGGACCACAACACAGAGAUCUCAACAUAACUGCUCACUAUCAGACUUACUUAGAAUAGAGGUGUCACACGGAUCAUGGAAGGGGUCAACACACAAACAUGUGGAUGUCUGCUGAAGUAACAGAUGGAUUCCUGAAGGUCAAUGCCGUUUCAAGACAGGAACAACUAACUAAAAUCGGCUGUUCAAUCUGUUUUGUGUAAGAUAAAAUAGUGAAGAUAUUUGUGAAUAUGUACCGAGGUAUUUCUCCUUAGCUAAAUGUAGAGUUAUCUCCCCAUUUGUUCAACUGACUAUUAUAUAGAUAAAGAAAAGUUUCUUUAUAAAGUAUAUGUACAUCUGUAGUUAGGACGAAACACUUUAAUGCUGUGCAUAUUUAUUGUGUCUGUGUCAAUUAAAUAUCACAAUCACGAAUUUGUUUUACCGCAUCGAAAUGUUUCACGUGCAAGUUAAACAUAGCGUAUGAUCCAAAUAAUUACAUAGAGGACAGUUAUGUUUAAUAUAUAUAUAGACAUUGCUUCAACGGUCGUCAGCAUGUCUGAUGGAGAUGGAAGGAAACUAAAGUUAACACAUUCUCGUGUCAUACUUCGGACCUUUCCAAAAAUAAAUAAUAAAUGUUGCAUUAGUAAUUCACUUCAUAAUUUAAAUAAUAUAUCCAUUGCUUCUGUCACUCAUUUUUUCCGGCAAUAACCUCAUAUUAAAACGGAAAUGUUUUGGUAAAACUUGAAAUUUGGAAAAGAGAAAACCAGAUAAGAUUACGUGAAGUGAGUAUGACGCCGUCUGUAAGCGGUGGAAUGUGUUGUGAUAAUGUGAAUGUGUUGCUAGUAUUGAUUUUUUCAUUUUUUUUUCAUUGUAAAUUUUUAUCAUAAAAAGCAGGGCUGAAGGCAUGUGAAUAUAUUUCCAAUCUUGUUUUGUGGAAAAUAUGCAUGCCCGAAUUUGACCGUCCACUGUGUUCAAACUGCUUCUGUAUGUAACAUAGUUAUAUUUAUUGCUGACUUUGUACUGUUAUAACAUCUUAUCUAGAGUGAUCUGCCCUUUGAUCUCGUGUAAACAUUUACGUCACAAAUUCAUGAGGAGCACCCUAUUAUGACUUAACAUAAAAUAGGUUUGAAAUUUUAAUUGAAAUUUUCUAAAUUAGAUCUUGUAAUUGACAUUAUAUCACACUUUAAUGACAAUGCUAGAAAUCUAUAACCAAUAUAUCCAAGACAAACUACCCAUUUCAAAUAGCCGUAGAUAAAUAAUUCCCACAACGCCAUGGACAUCUCUAGCCGUUAUAAAUAAUCCAAGUUAUACUAUCGGCAGUAGAUGUAUUAUAUACCUAGCAAAGUGUACUAAAUCCCCGGUCAAAAUGUACAAACAUCACCACUCUGAGUCAUGUAAGAUAUACAAAUACACAUUUAGUAUUUCUGUUAACAGUUGUAUAAUAACACAUAUAUAAAUAUCACCUUUACCGAUCAUCAGAUAAAUUGUCGACUUUUAAUUGCAUUUGUAUUGCUAACAAAAUACUGUUUACGAAGAAACAGGACGAAGGGGCAUAAAUUUAUACUUAUGUCCUAGAAUUUCUGAUAGAAUGCAAAAAACCAUUCCAUGAUAAUUCUUUAGAAUUUUAAUAUCAGCCGUUAAAGGUAAGGAAUAGUAGAUUUAUAUAUCCCAUCUUGGCUAUUUAAAGUGUUGCUUAUUUCAUGUUUGAUGUGGUUUGUUAUGCAUACAGUAUCUGUUGAAACUAAUGUGGGUACAUAAAGUAUGGCUAUAAUACGGAAUAGAUCAGAGAUUAGUUGUUUAAAUACCAGAACACAUUCUAAUUAAACAGUUGUUAAGUAUGUCAAUGAAAACAAAGUUAAAUAUUGCAUGUGCAAAUUUUAGAUUUGAACGUAAUAAAGGGAAGUAACUCCUGAAUUUUGCAAAGGGAGAUGGUCCUGAUGCUGUUAUUACUGUGUAUGUGUGACCCUAGUCCCCCUGGUGUUCAUUAUUGACUAUUUUGAGUUGCUUUUUAUUUCAAUUCUUGUUAAGAUUACUAUUCUGUUAUCCAUAUAUACAUAUAAAUAUAUCAUUUGCAAUAUUUGUUAAGAUUUGUGUGUGCGUAUUAAUGUAUUUAAUUAUUUUAUUAAAUCAUCAACAUUAUUACAUUCUAUGAAUCACGUGUAGUAUAGCUGAAUGUGUCAGGUGUUUGGCUGAAUGUCACGUGUAUGUCGGAUAUACGUCACAUGGCUGAAUACGUCACAUCACAGCUGAUAUAGGUCACAUUAUUGAUAAGUCACAAUCACAUAUGAUCAAAAGUAUAAUAUUUUAAUAGUUAUAUUCAGUAAUUUCAAAUGUUCUCUAUUCACCAAAUUUUUUAAACAACGUUUUUCUUAUUUUGGGAAAGAAAUAUGUCCCAACAAAACAAUUGUAAAUUGAUAGGACAGGUAAAAAUACCAGCCUGGCCACCAGUCACACUCACAGGGGCAUGGCACACAUACCCAAACAUCAAGGUCUUAUAUAUAUAUAUAUAAUGUGGAUCUGUGCCACGCCCCUGUGAUCACACUGACAGAUCAAACUAAUCCUGUCGAGAUAUAUGGGAAUUGAGGUUCAGAUCUUGUUAAUAUAUCUAUUGAGGAUAGUGUGUUUAAUGAAGUUGUAUAUAUAUAACAUAGAAAUGUGAGAAUGCCUGUAUAACUGACUGUGCUAUGUGUGGAGUGGAGAUCAAAACAAGAUGGAUACAAGUGAUUUAUGGUACCGAGCUGAGAGGAAAAUAAAAUUUAUAUUGAAAGCCAAUUCUCCGUUUAUGAAAUGUUUAACAAUUGGCUUAAUAUAGCUACUUCACAUGUCUUUUGGAAAUGGUGAUAUACUUAUCUAUAAUUAAAAGCUACAUUUCCUGAAUAAUUUUUUAGACGGAAACAGUAAAUUAUUUGGGUAAUAAGAAAGGAUAAAAUACUUAUUGUACAAUGUAUUUUUUCUAAUAACCCCAAACUGUUCAUUGUAACAAAAGACAGUCUCUUCAUGUAAACCUAUAUGAAGCACAAUAUUGUUUUGUCAGAUGAGACCAGUCAUCGGUAUAAAACACUUGUCAGACGUUUUUGGUCAUUUCUAGAAAUUCAGAAAGUCGGCAUUACUGCCUUUGGUAUGUAGGAACAAAUGUGCCCGAGUGAAAUCUAAAUCAAAUUGCUGACUAUUCAGAAAUACAAAUGUGAUGACUUUAUCUACUUUUGAAGUGCACAUUUUCGCACAGCAAAUUCUGUAAACAUUGAACGGUUUUUGUUCCAUGUUUACAGGUUUUGCAUUUACUGUAACCAGAAGAAUAUACAUACAUAAUACGACAUUAAGUAUCGUGUAUAUAGAGCUCGUAUUGAUGAAACCAUUCUCCGCUCAAACCUACUUUCUUAUAACUUGUUUAAAUAAGGUGAUAUUGUUUAAAGGUCAAGCCUAGACACCACUGCUAAUGCUAUAAGACUCCAAGUCUUUCAAAAUUCCUCGAAAUCAUUGGGAAAAUGUGAAAUUUAAAUAAUUUACCACCGAAACAAGAAAUUGGAUUUGAGUACAGAAUUUGAGCUUGGGCGUGAAAAUGUUUUCAUGAAAACGGGCCUUGGUUUAAAAGCCUGAAAUGUAUAACGGUAAACUACAAAAAUGUCUGACGCGAAUAUGUUCACUUUCAUAGUAUUUGCAGUCUAGUUUGUGAGUGUGUGUGACUGGCCCAUUUAACAGUUGAGGUGUGAUAUGUUAGUAGUGAACGGUUUUGUGAAUGAACGGUGUGCUACUUUAGAAGUAUAUACAUUCUUGUUUACGUGACUGAAAAGUUGGACUAUUUUUUGACGGAAGUGUUGUGUGCAAUCUUGUGUACAUUUGCAAUACAAGCUAAUUUUAUACAAUA